ACAGGUGGCAGCUUCCCCUGUUGGAUUCUAGGUAUAAAAAAGAGUGACCUCAUAGGGGUGGAGCUCUAGGACUCCAUAGAGGUGGCAGUCACAGCCAGGCAACCCCAGAGUGAAGCUGUUUAACCUUCACCCUGAGGCAAUUCAGCAACCAGCCAUUGCCUGGAAGCCUCUAAAGCUUAUCUUUACCUCAGAUGGAGCCCAAAGAAGCCACUGGGAAAGAAAACAGGGGCUCCAAGAGAAAGAAUCUGACCUUCUUGAGGCCCAGACUCUAUAUGCUGGAGAGAAGGAAGACUGACACUGUGGUUGAGAACAGUGUGUCUGGGGACCACUCUGGCACCUUGAGGAGGAGCCAGUCUGACAGGACGGAAUACAACCAGAAAUUACAAGAAAAGAUGACUCCACAGGCCGGAUGUUCUGCAGCUGAGGCCCCAACCCAGGACGAAGAGCAGCAGAUGAGGAGAAUGAUGACAAAGCGGUCGAAAAUCAUCAAGGAACUGUUACAGACAGAAAAGGACUAUCUCAAUGACUUAGAGCUGUGUCUUAGGGAAGUCGUUCAGCCUCUGAGAAAUAAACAGAUUGAUAGGCUGGACGUGGAUAGCUUGUUUAGCAACAUUGAAUCCGUGCAUCAGAUAUCAGCCAAGCUACUGUCACUGCUGGACGAGGCCACAGCAGAUGUGGAACCGGCCAUGCAAGUAAUAGGAGAAGUAUUCUUACAGAUUAAAGGUCCACUGGAAGAUAUUUAUAAAAUCUACUGCUAUCAUCAUGAUGAAGCGCACAGUGUACUGGAGUCCUAUGAAAAGGAAGAAGAGCUGAAGCAACAUUUGAACCACUGCAUCCAGUCCUUAAAGAAAAUAUACAUGGAAGAAGGCAAACCAAACUUAUUGGACAUGGGCUCUUUGAUGAUCAAACCAAUUCAACGUGUGAUGAAAUACCCUUUAUUACUGUGUGAACUUCGGAAUUCUACCCCUCCUUCUCACCCAGAUUACAGAGCACUGGAGGAUGCCUUUGCUGCUGUGAGAAACAUUAACGUAAACAUCAAUGAACUUAAAAGAAGGAAAGAUUUAGUUCUAAAAUAUAAGAAGAAUGAUGAGGAUGAAUCACUUAAAGACAAACUGUCUAAGCUAAGUAUUCAUUCAAUUAGCAAGAAAUCAAAAAGAGUGACAAAUCAUCUAAAGAUCCUGACCAGAGGAGAAUCACAGGUGAAAGACAACACUUUUAACAGAGAAGAAAAGCUAUUUAGAUGUUUAGAAAAGACUGUGAGGCAUUGUGUGAAGAACAUUUCACUCUGUCUUCAACAAAUACAGGAUGCUAUGGUCUUGGCUCUGCAGAGUGUAAUGGAGCUCCAGGAAAUAUCGUACAAUAAAGAUGAGGAAGAGGGUGGCUAUUCAGAGACCCCAAAUAAAGCCCCAAAUCCCUGCAAUGACUUUGCGGCUCAUUUACAGAGGCUCGUCCUGAUCCCCCUGUCAGCCCUGCUGUCCUUAUUCCCAGGGCCUCAGAAGCUCAUCCAGAAACGCUAUGACAAACUGCUGGAUUACAACAGCUACCUGCAACGGUCAGCGGGAGAUGAGUCAGACCUGGCCAAAAAGGAGUAUGAGGCCCUCAACGCCCAGCUGGUCGAGGAGCUCCAGGUGUUCAACCAGGCUGCUCGGAAGAUUCUGUUCAAUUGUCUGUGCAGUUUCAGCACCCUCCUCAGGGACCUGAUGCUCGUGGCGCAGCGGGCUUAUUCUGCAGCGGUGCCGGUCCCACUGUUGGCCUCUAGAAUCUCUGAGAUCCAGAAUCGAGUACUAGAAGAGGUUCACAAUCUGAAUUUUGUAAAGGACAACAGUGCCACCUUUAUUGAGAGGAAGCUGAGUUUCGAAAAGAAGAAACCUGUGCAAAUUCCGCCAGAAAUGCCACGCCAAACUGACAUUCACCGCUCCAAACUUCUAUCUACGUACAGCGCAGAGGAGCUAUACCAAGCUAAGCGCAAGUGCAAUGCUACACAGGAAUAUGACAUCAGUCUUCUGGAAGGGGAGUUGGUGGCUGUGAUGGAACAGAAAGACCCAUUGGGGAGUACGAGCAGGUGGCUCGUUGACACAGGAAUUGUAAAAGGAUAUGUGUAUUCCUCCUUCCUAAAACCCUACAAUCCAGCAAAAGUACAGAAGGUGGAUGCUGAAAACAGGUUCUGUGAUGAUGAUUUCGAUAACAUCAGCCUCUUUGUGUCUUCACGACCAGCUAGUGACAGUGUCACAGGCACCCCAGAAGGCAGCAUAAGUGAUAGCAGCUCAUCUCUUAGUGGCACAUGUGGAAAGUCUGAAGUAAAUGGCACUGACAUUGACAGUUUUCAAGAGGCAGAUGAACAGAUUUUCUAUGCUGUUCAUGCCUUCCAAGCACGGAGUGACCAUGAACUCAGCCUUCAGGAGUACCAAAGAGUCCAUAUACUUAGAUUUUGUGACCUAAGUGGCAAUAAGGAGUGGUGGUUAGCUGAAGCUCAAGGACAGAAAGGAUAUGUACCUGCUAACUACCUUGGGAAGAUGACUUAUGCUUAAGAAAGUAAGCCUUUGACUUUUAUUUUCUGCCAAGCUGUUGAUUAACUACCUCAUAAAAAUGACAUUACAAAAAGUUGGCCCAGGAAGCAAGAAACCUCCAAGCUAUAUGAACUGAUACCGUUUCAGGUUUUAAGGAAGAUGGUGCUUCCUAACAAGAUUAUUUCAUGAAUAUAUUAAGAAUACAUAUUGAAUUGAAGGAAAUGCAAAAUUAGCAGCAAUAGCAACACAGCCUAUGCUCCAGCUACCAACUAUUUAAAAGUGGAUAUCUUUUGAAAGACAAAAUAUGACCUUUUAUCAUCAUGAAAGGUUGGUUCUAAGGAUACGGUUUUUUAAUUUACUAUAUUACUUUUACUGUACUAUAUUAUUUUGCCUUAAACGUCUUUGUUCUUUCUCUUGUGUACAUACAUACACACACAUAUAUAUCACACAUAUGGUAUAUAUGUCUAUAUGAUAUACAUUAUACAUUCAUGUGUAUAAGCCAAGGAGGAUACUAAAUACACAUGUGCAUAGGAAUUGAUUAAUUAAUAGCCAACUAAACCCAAAAACCAAACCCAUGGCCGUUGAAUUGAUUCUGACUCAUAGAGACCCUAUAAGACAGAGUAGAACUGCCCCAUAGGGUUUCCAAAGAGUGGCUGGGGGAUUUGAACUGCCAGCCUUUUGGUUAGCAGCCAUAACUCUUAACCUCUGGGCCACCAGGGCUUCAAUAGCCAACUAGCUGUCUUUAAUGUAGAGCCUCUCUUGAACAUAAGUUUUGAAACAAA